AUGUUCCAACACGAAACUGCAAAAGUCGUCCUGAAGAGUCAAACUUGUACUCCUUCCAAAUCGUCUCGCUCUAACAGCUCAAAAUCUCCUCGAGAUAAUCGCACAAGGAGUCGAUCAGUUGAGCGUGCCUCUGAGAGCUCGUUCUCUUCAACUGCUUCUAUCAAUCUUCCAGCAGCAUUUCCAUGGUUAAAGGACCAGUCCAAGACAGAGCCCGUUUCCAAGGAUGAACAAAUAGCGAACAUAUUCAUGGACAAAUAUGUGCUGCUUCCUUGUAACGAGUCAUCAUCCCCUGGCUUUCUCGAGCAUCUCCCUUGUUUGUUCAAAGAGGUCAAUGUCGAGGGCCGCUACGCAUUGAGAUUCGCUGUUCAAGCAUGUGCUUUCGCAGACCUUUCUCGUGAACAAAGCUCAGAAGAAUUAGUCAAGAGGUCACUAGAGUGCUAUGGCUUUGCUCUCAGUGCCCUUGGACUAUCUUUGGCUGAAAAGAACAAGACACCAGAUGAUUACGAUUUGAUGACAGUGGUGAUGCUGGAUAUAUUCGAGACACUAUUUAUGCCUGACUCGCCGACAGCUGGUGCGCACGCCCAAGGUAUGGCACAUAUUUUACGACUGCGUGGCCAUGAGCAAUUCCAUGACCCCCGUGGCUGGGGCCUGUUCCGUUUAGCUCACCACAGACUGCAAAAACAGCAACUGGCUAAGCAAUUUAAUCCUCUACCUGAGUCGCAAGAUUGGCUCGACAAGUUGAACGACGAUAUUGCUUCGGUAAAGCUAGAGAAGGACAGUCUAGCAAUCAACCAAGUGUGUCAGAAGGCAAAUCAUCUACUGAAUUCUAUCGAUUCUGGAGAUGUUGAGGCACACAAGUUGUUAGGCCUGGUUGACGCGAUGUUUCGCCUGGAUCAAGAGGCUGCUAGUUGGCGAAAGAAACCAGAAUGGAGAUUUCAGACUAGGAACCGUCAGGAAAUACUCGAUAACAGAGAGUCCAACUUCUGGCUGCCAGAGUAUAUCCAGCUUCAUCCAGACUUAUGGAUGGCAUACGAGUGGAAUUAUCACCGUACUGCACGCAUCAUUCUCCUUCAGAAGCUGGUAGCUUGCUUGGAAAAGGUCAAGGGUGCACUGCCAUCAGACCCUAGGAUUAAAACUAGGAUCACAGAAUCAGUCAACACUAUACAAUCUUUGGCUGGCGAGGUCCUGGCAACUGUUCCCCAAUCCUUGGGCGACAUCGAUCACCUUGGCCAGUGGCACGCGGGGUCAAAGACGGCUCGUUGGCAGGCCGUUGGUGCUUACCUUUUGCUUUGGCCGAUGAAGAUCAUGAAAAGCCAGAGCGCCUUGACUACGGAUUCACAGAAAGCGGAUGCACAGCGAGUGUUUGAUAGGAUUAGAGAGUGUACAGGCAUCAAGUCAAGCUUGGGUGUUCUAUCCGAGAUCUAA